UGUAACCGUUCUGGUGUCACCGACCGGGCCGAAGCGGACCAGACAUUGAACUAGACAACGGCUGGAGCAUCGCCCUGUCCUCGCUCACUCUGCUCGCAUCCCGAAAAUCCCCCGCCCUCCGUCUUGAGCCAAAUCUCGGGGGCCUACUGGCUCCAGAGUUGCUGGCGCCCGCACGGGGUUCCGGCAUCUCCGCGUGCCCACCGUGUUGUGGCCUCAAGGGAACGUUGUUGCAGCGUCUGCUGUCCGCGGGGCGGGACGGGGCGGGGGGCUGGGAGGCUCGGCACAGCGAAGGACGGUCGCAAUGGAUUUCCGGGGGUCCCGUCGACCCCGUUUGGGCCCGUUGGGUCCCUAGCGCUCCAGAGGCUGGCAGCGUCACCGGACAAAGGGCCCCGGGUGGGGGUUGUCCCCGAGGCGGGCGCGCGGGUUUACUUCCUCUCCGGUCCCCAUGGGCGCGCUUCCCUCUUGGCUGAUCCCAAAGCCUGCCCUGCCACCGUCGCCGCACCAGUGGCUCUGACUGCAUGGAACCAACAGGACUAAUGCUACCCGGCGGAUUUAAUCCGGAUCGGGACCCGGUCCCAGGGGAGGCCUCCACCACCCCUCCUAUUGUUUGGGGGCCCAGCCCCUCUCAGGUGCGCCCUCAGACUGGAAGUAACGGGCGUAGACGUCGGAGAGCCGGGACAGUGGCCGUCUCUGGAACUCCGGGUAACAUUGGUGAAGGAGGGCCGCCCCGGGGCCUCCAGAUAGCGCUGCAAUGGCGGUGCCCGAGCGUGUGGUCCAUGCGGUCGCCGGCCUACAGGGCCCCGGUGUGGCCCCAGUGCUGCGCUGCGCGCCGACCCCCGCGGGUCUGGCCCUCCAGCUGCAGCGGUCCGCUGUCUUCGAGCGCGUCCUCGGCGCCGUGGCCGCCUACGCCGCGCCCGCUGUGUCCGCCUCACCGGGCCCGCGCGUCAUCCUGCACUGCCCGGCGCUGCGCGGCGCGCCCUGUGCACUCCGCUUGAGCCAGCUGCGCGCCGUGCUCGUGGCCGAUCACCUGUCUCGAGCUCUGCACACUCACGGGGUGAGUGUGCGUCUAGUGCCAGCCGUGCGGGACCCGCAUAUGCUGACCUUCCUGCAGCAACUGCGAGUGGACUGGUCCGCUGCCUCGGAGAGAGCUGCGACCGAAGCCCUGAGGAGCAGCGCAUUUGCUAAGCUUACCCCUGCCAAUGACAGGGGAGCCCUGCCCCUUGGCGUCCUGGGCAGAGUGUGCCUGAAGGAGCUGGUGGAAGAACGGGGACGCACAGCUGGCUAUGACCCCAAUCUGGACAACUGUCUGGUGACUGAGGAUCUGCUCUCCGUGCUGGCCGAGCUGCAGGAGGCUGUGCAGCACUCGCCUGAGGACAGCUCCCUAGGCCUGGCUGCAGCUCCAGAUGCUCAUGCAGAUAGCUGCAUGGUUGUACAUGUGGUGAGCUGUGAGGAGGAGUUCCAGCAACAAAAAUUGGACCUGCUUUGGUGGAAGUUGGAUGACCAGGCUCCUCUCAGACAGAAGCACCUGGUCUGUGGCCCAGUGAAAGUAGCUGGUGCACCCGACACCCUGACUGCCCCCGAGUACUACGAGCUCCGGCAUGCCCAGGUGUGCAAGGCCUCAGCACUGAAGCAUGGCAGGGACCUGGCACAAGACCCAGCCUGGACAGAAACCUUCGGAGUUCUUGCUGUGGCAAGCAUUAAGUUUGAGAUGCUCAGCACAGCCCCCCAGAGUCAGCUCCUCCUGGCUCUGGCCGACAGCAGCAUUUCCACAAAGGGCACCAAGAGUGGCACCUUUGUCAUGUAUAAUUGUGCUCGUCUUGCCACACUCUUUGAGGGUUACAAGCGCAACAUGGAACAAGGUCUGUACCCCACUUUUCCAGCUGUGAACAGUCUGGAUUUCUCACUGCUACAGGAUGAGGGUGAGUGGUUGCUGCUCUUCAACAGUGUCCUCCCCUUCCCAGACCUCCUGAGCCAGACAGCAGCCCUGGCCUGCACAGCCCCGGGGCUCCACAUCACUGCACGCACAGAGAUGGUCUGCAAGUUCCUGGUGCAGCUCAGCAUGGAUUUCAGCUCAUACUAUAACCGUGUACACAUCCUAGGGGAGCCUCGACCACACCUGUUUGAUCAAAUGUUUGCCCGUCUGCAGCUUCUGCGAGCCGUGCGUAAAGUGCUCCACACUGGCCUGGCCAUGCUGGGUCUCCCUCCACUGAGCCACAUCUAACGCCACAGAGGCCCCAAUAUCUGGGAAUGUUCACAAAGUCAUCAACUAGAAAAAAAAUUUUUAAAAAAGAACAGGAAAAACCUACAGAUUUUGUUAGAGACCUAGAGCCAAAAUAAACUUUUGUUACAAAGC